CUCCUGCAGAUGUGCAGCAGCUGGUCAGCUCUCUCCUCUGUGCUGUGUUUCUGUCCCUCCACACAGCUGCAUCAGAAUGAUUCCUGACAGAGAAAAGCUAUUUAUUCUCGCCGGGAUACUGAUGAUGGCGUUAUCUUGUGAAGCUAGAGGUCCUCCGUGGGUGACCCGUGGGGUGGAGGAGAGGCAGACGGCACAGCUGGGACGUACCGUGCGUCUUCCAUGCCCUGUCGAAGGUGACCCUCCACCGCUGUGGCACUGGAUGAAGGACGGACGUACUGUGAGCCCAGGCUGGAGCCGCUUCCGCGUCCUCAGAGGAACACACAGUCUGAAGAUAAAGGAGAUAGAAGCAGAGGAUGCUGGAGUCUAUGUGUGCCGCGCCAUCAACGGUUUUGGUAGUGUCACCCUGAACUUCACUCUCAGUGUCAUCGAUGAUGCUACAGUGCCUGAAAACAAGCCUCCUUCACUCGAGGAACCUACUGUUCAACCCACCCUACAGGAUCCGACAGGGCAGCCAUGGGCGAAGCCUCGUUUCAGUAAGCCAGAGAAGAUGCGUAGGCGGUUUCGGGAGCAGCCGGUGGGCAGCUCUGUACGGCUGAAAUGUUUGGCCAGUGGGACCCCUGACCCAGUCAUCACAUGGUGGAAGGACCAGAUGCAGCUGCCCACACCUGCGCGGGGAAAACGGCAUCAGUGGACCCUCACUCUGAAAAACCUGCAGCCGCAGGACAGUGGACGCUACACCUGCCGUGUGUCCAAUGCUGCUGGAUACAUCAACUACACCUACAAGGUGGAUGUUAUUGAGCGCACAAACUCCAAGCCCAUCCUGACAGGCACACACCCGGUCAACACCACAGUGGAGUUUGGAGGCACGGCCUCGUUCCAGUGUAAGGUCCACAGUGAUGUGAAGCCUGUGAUCCAGUGGCUGAAGCGGGUUGAACCAGGCACAGAGAGUCGCUAUAAUUCCACACUUGAGGUUGGGGGUCAGCACUUCAUGGUGCUGCCCACAGGGGAUGUGUGGUCUAGGCCUGAUGGCUCCUACCUCAACAAGUUGGCCAUCGUGAAGGCUCGUGACGAGGAUGCAGGCAUGUACAUAUGCCUGGGAGCGAACACCAUGGGCUACAGUUUCCGCAGCGCCUACCUCACUGUACUUCCAGAUCCUCAGGUGGAGAAGCCAGUGUCUCCCGCCCAUCUGAGCUCAGGUCUCCCCUGGCCUUUGAUCAUCGGUAUUCCAGCAGCUGCUCUCCUCAUGAUGGGCACCAUAGUGUUGUGGUUGUGCCACAGCCGGUUGAGGCAAGGCUCCCUCCCGCCCCGUCCCGUACCCCACCGAGACCACCAUGCCCCAGACAAGGACCCCAGCUCACCAAGCAAUGGAAGCUCUGACUUCCCCGUACAGAGAUUCAUAGGGAUUGGCGCUCCGGCCCUCAGUGGCCCUCCAAAGAUUUAUUCCAAAGUGUAUACAGACAUGCACACACACACCCACACUCACUCGCAUGCACAUGUGGAUGGAAAAGUGCACCAGCAUUUUCACUACCAGUGCUGACCUGUUAACCUUCCUUGCUAAGCCAAUGCUGCUGCCCUGCCUCAUGUAGGCAAUGGGCCCUCCGUUUAGGACCACAAACAUACUGUAGGUCAGGAAGCUGAGUGUGAACCACAUUACCCACAAGCAGAUGAUGCACCUGUUCUGGUGAAACACAUUCACUUUAAAAAACUCUCAGGGUGGGAAGAGUCUUGCAUGUAUUUGUAAUGGACCAAAAGCUGAAUGUGUUUUGUGUUAAAAUGUACAAAAC